GACUAUAUGGACUAGUGGUUCUCAACCUUUACAGCCUGGCGACAUGCUAAAAAUAACCCCCAGACUUCUGUGACCCCAGCAUUUUAGUACAAUGUGUUUUACAUAUUUAGUUAUCAUAUUCCAUUGAAAAUGUGUAAACUACUGUUAAUUACUGUAUAAACAUAAUUAUAUAAUCAAUAGGAAACUGGACAGCUAUCACCAACUAUAUUAGAGGGGACAGAUGCAAGAGUGAAAUAUGAACAGUAAACACACAGUCUUAAAGAAAGCAGAUGGCUUCAUUUGCUGGCUGCCCGAAAAAGGAUUUUACUCCCUUGUCCUCAGUCUUCAAGACUAUAAGCCUUUCAACAAGCUGUCAAGAACUGUCCACUUUCAUGUGUUCCUGGAUAUUCAAAAAUUAGGGAAAUUCUCUCCAAGAAAAAAUCACAUUUUGGUUCAUUCCCAUUUGGGCUCUCGUUACCCUUCAUGUGAGGCAAUUUGGUUUGGAGCCCACGACCCGCACGAGGAGACGAGCGUCUACGGGAAUGCAAGCUUCAUAGUUGACAUGAGGGAGUUUAUGCAAGAGUAUGUGAGGAAUUGCAAUAUUUAUUUUGUGGAGGUGUUGGACUUUAAGACUGCUAAUGCAUCCCGAAUUCUGAUAACACACAAAGAGUAUGCCCUUCCCUGCUAUGACCCUCUGCAAUAUGGUGGUCCUUGGUACAUUGAUCCUAGUGGUAAACACUAUUAUCUAAAGAAUGCACGGAGAUACAAUGGAUUAAGUAACAAAAGUGGACACAAGUUGGAGUUCCUGCUGGAGUUAACUGAAGAAGAGGGCGAGCGAUUAUAUCACAAAGCCGUGCCCCAGCCAGUUGGUCAUCAGGAGGCAAACUCUGGCAAACCAUACAGUUGUAAAGAUCAUGGGCCAAGCAAGACAUGUCCAUCACCUUGGAGUAAGAGAGAAGCUCAAGAAAGAAUAAGCAAAGAACUUGAGACUCUUACAGGAAAUGCAAAUAGAAGCCUGAAAUUUUAGAUAAGAAGGGUGUGAUUAAUUUCAAAGACGUACUGGCUCUGUACACAUAGCAAACAAUUACUGCACUCUGAAAGAGCAGCAGUAGCAGGAUUGACAUACAGACAAAAAAAAUUUAAUUCUUCUUUGUCUUUUUUCUUUUUAAUGUAAUAUGAUAAUUAAAGAAUUAAAAUGUUUAUUGUGGCUAAAGUUAUUAAUUUGCUUUUAGCUUGAAUUAAUAUAAUUUUUAAGGCUGCUUUUUCAUUAGUGUAAUUUUUAAUCCUGAGAGACAAUUCUCUUUUAUAUCACAAAAGGAGUAAUUGACAAUAAAUUUUAUAAUAAUUGACAUAUUGACAUAUAUUUGAUAAUGAUUGACUGCAAUUAUCUAUAUUUUUAAUUAGGCUAUGUAAAUUAUUUAGUGUUGUAAAUUCAACUGAACUAGUUGAAUCAUGUGAUAUAUAAAUAAACACAGUUAUGAAUAUGACCAAAAAAGUAAAGUUGAGAGCUGUAUGUACACAAAGGAUAAGAACUAGGAUUUUUUUAAUCAAUUUACUUUAUUUUUCCCACUAACAUAUUUUUUUUUUUUUUUUCUUUUCUUUUCUUUCAAUGAAUACAUACUUGAGAACCAUUGCUCUGUCUUAUCUUUUAAGGUUUAGUAUUAAAAGAAAUCCUAUCUGUGAUGAGCUGCAAUGCUGCCAGAGCAGUUAUGCCUUUGUUACUGAUAUCUCUCACUGUGAUUUCUAAUGUGAAAAAGUGCAAAUUAUUCAAUGACUUUUUGUAUACAUUGUCAUUGUUAUUUUUUACAAGUAGGUAGGCCUACUUUCCUUUUUUUUCUUCCAGAUUGUAAUUAGAUAUUAUUCUUUUAAAUUUCACAAAAGUGUAGAAAAAUAAGUGGCCAAACAAUUUAAUCUUAUGUAAGAAUUUUAUAGCAUGUAACAGGUGCAUAAUAUAUUUUAAAAAUUGAUAUAAGUUUUAAUUAGGUAUUGAUGACAAUAGAAAUAUACUUAGCAUAUGCAAUUAUGAUCUAAAUAUAUAUUUUGUAAAUUUAUAAGUGCAAUUGGAAUAAAAACUAAGUAAUCA